CGGUUUUGUUUUUGUUUUUUUAACAACAAAUGAAUAACUUCUUUCCAUUCUGAAGGGUGCGAAGAGAAGAGGAAGAAGACUUGAUAGUUUUGCUGCGCUCAAGGGACCCUCUGACCGGUGGCCGUCGGUGUGAACAUGGGGAUUAAAGCUGCCCUGCCCAAGUAUGAGGUCUACCUCUACAACACGGUGGUGUGCCUGGCCCUGUUCUGGGCCACCAGCUGGAUCUUGGAGGCGUCUAGUUCCAGUGCAAACAGGAAGACCUUCAAAUCCACGGUGAGGCCGGGAUGGUACUACUUCGGGAGGAGGAUGGACACGGCUGAUCUGGAGUGGAUGAUGUGGUUUUCCACCUUCAGGGCUCAUAUCCUCUUCGCUCUGUCUGGCCACGUGCUGUUCGCCAAGAUCUGCUCCAUGCUGGCGCCGCAGCACAGGUCCCUGGUGUACAUGGCGUACGGGCUGCUGGCCGUAUGGACCAGUAUGGGCUGGACCUACGUCACCCUCAUGCUGUCCCACUGUAUCCUGCUCUACAGCAUCUCGCUGGUCAAGCUGCGCUGGCUUUGCUUCGUCACCGGCCUCGCCACCCUGGCUACCUUCAAGUGUGAGCCCUUCGUGUCCUGGCAGGCCGACUUUGUGGAGGGCGACUACGAGCUGCGCCAUGUCCUCUUCUACGGAGGCUGUGGGUUCACCAUAAUGCGCUGUAUGAGCUUUGCACUGGAGAACUGUGAGAGGAAGGACGGAAACUACAGCAUCAUGGAGCUACUCAAGUACAACUUCUACCUCCCCUUCUUCUACUUUGGGCCAAUCAUGACCUUCGAUAAAUUCUAUGUUCAGGCCAACAAGUCGGACCUGAGCAGGAAGGACCGGGAAAUGUGGGAUAUCGGCCUGCAGGGCCUGAUUCACCUGGGCGCCAUCGUCCUGGUGGACGUCCUCUUCCACUUCAUGUACAUCCUGACCAUCCCCACUGACAUGAAGCUGCUGAAGCACCUCUCCGACUGGGCCGUAGUGGGUCUGGCGUACUCCAACCUGGUGUACGACUGGGUGAAGGCCGCCGUCAUGUUCGGGGUCAUCAACACGGUGUCCAGGUUGGAUCAUCUGGACCCACCCAAGCCCCCAAAAUGUAUCACCAUGCUCUACGUGUUUGCUGAGACCCACUUUGAUAGAGGAAUUAACGAUUGGCUAUGCAAGUACGUGUACGACUACCUCGGUGGGAAGCACGACAAUGUGCUGCAGGAGCUGGUGGCGACACUGUGCACAUUUGGCGUGACAAUCCUCUGGCUGGGUCCCUGUGAGGUGGUGCUGAUUUGGGCUUUCUGCAACUGCUUCGGCCUCAACUUUGAGCUGUGGACCGCCAAGUUUUUCUCCAUGGAGCCGUUCGCUUCUUUGGAGAUGUCGAUGUCGGAGGGAACGUCACGCCGAAUCAGAGCGGCCUUCAACACUUUCAACUUCUGGACCAUCGUGCUGUACAACAUUUUAGCCUUGAACAGUUUGGACUUCGCCAAGCUCGUAGCCAAACGACUGCUUCUCAAAGGAUUCCCUGUCACCACCAUCAUGGUCAUGUUUGUGACCUACUGCUUGAUUCAAGUCAUAAAAGAGAGGGAGAGGAGGCAGGCCCUGAUAGACGACCCUGAUCCUAUCCCGCCACCUGCGCCCCCAACCGCCCCUGCUGCCGCCUCUCCCGCUGCUGCUCAGCCGGUUGUAGAGCCCGGCAAGGAAAAAGCUGAGUAGAGACUGGAUGUCAGGAUGU